AUGAACAGCCAGCCAACAGUCCGUCUGAAACCGGACAAACAACUCGACUGCAAUCUGAGUCAAGACGACGGCGUCUGGAUGAUGACUUCCAGUUUCAUCAUUUUCACAAUGACUGCAGGGUUUGGACUUCUGGAGUCGGGAAGAGUGUCCUCAAAGGAUGAAGUCAAUUGUAUGGUGAAGAAUGUAUUCGACGUCAUCUUCGGAGGUAACUUUAUUCUGAAUCAUAAAAUCAAUUCAAUUAUCAGGUCUCGCUUAUUGGAUGUUUGGCUACGGGCUCACUUUCGGAGACUCAACGCAUCAGUUUGGAAGGUUUUUCGGGUUUGGCGACUUCUUUUUCGACCCAGAAAGAGUUUCGGACGAUGAUUCGACAGACGAGGUUAGGAGGAUGAAAUGAAGAUAAUCGGCUUGUGAUUCAGAAAGGAAUACACUAUUCGCUCUUCAUCUUUCAAAUGAGUUUUGCCACGACUACAUCCACAAUCGUUUCUGGUCAGAUCCUUUCUCGUUCCUGUACACAAUCACAGUGUUCCAGCGGGAAUGUCCGAACGAAUUCAUCUGAAAUCGCACUGCUUCAUCUCUUUCUGCAUCACAAUCGUUCACUCGAUCGCGGGUCAUUGGGUGUGGGACCAAGAGGGCGUUUUCCGUAAAAUGGGCGUCGUCGACUCAGCGGGAUGCAGUGCGGUUUGUUUAUUUUCCAUGGCAACAUGGAGAGCGAAAAACGAGUUGUCUGCAGGUGCACUUGGUCGGAGGGGUUGCGGGACUCGUUGCCACUUCAUACUUGAGACCGAGGAAGAAUCGAUUCGCCAGGAACGGAAUACGAACAGUGAGCGAUCCGACGAAGGCGAUUCUGGGAUUUCUGAUGAUCUGGUGGGGAUGGCUCGCAUUCAACACGUCCUCGAAUUACGCAGUCACUCACGGCCAAUGGACGGAAGGAAUGCGGUCCGCCGUGGGAACCAUCAUGGCUUCUGCGGGUGGAGGUUUGGUUUGAAAUGAUUGAAAGCCGAAGAAAAGACGGAAAAUUCAGGAGUUGUGACGGUUGUGGUAACCCGUUUCGCCACGAAGAAGAUCCAGAUGGAUAUGCUCAUCGACGGAAUGCUCGCUUCUUUAGUCUCCAGCACAGGCGGAUGUCUCUAUUUCACUCCUUGGCAGGCAACUCUUGUCGGAGCAGUCGGCUCCGCUCUUGCUCUCGCCGCGUAUCCACUUACAGAGUGUCUGAAGGUAAUCGGUGGCCUGUUUGAGGCUGAAAUUCGUUGAGUUCUCAGAUAGAUGAUCCUGUCGGAGUGGUUCCUGUUCAUGUCGUCGGAUCGAUUUGGGGAAUGCUUGCUCCCGCCAUUUUCGUUUACAGAAGGCCAAUGAACUUUGGUCCUCCGGAGUGCAAUUUUCAGGUAAGCCAUAUUUUUUGACAUUUGCAGUUUUAAAUGUUUUUUCCAACAGUCAUCUGAAGAGUCGAACGGACUUCUGUACGGAGGCGGAUUCAGUCUCCUUCUGCUUCAAAUGCUCGUGAUUGUCUGCAUUGGAGCAUACAGUGCUAUCUGCUCAUUCCUCAUUCUUUUCGUAAGCACUUGUUCUCUCUGAGACGCCACUGGAUACAUUUCAGUUAGUGCAGCAUUCGCCAAUCGGGUUGCGUGUUUCUAAAUAUGAAGAAGAACUGGGCGCCGAUCUUAUUGAGCACGGGCUGGCAGGAGUCAAUCUCAUGACGUACACAGUGGAGAAGAAGCUCGACGCAAGGUGGAAUUCGUCUUUUCCGCUUCAAUGUAAUCUUGUCUUUCUUUCCAGAACACUCUCCGCCGUGCUCAUGAUUAUCGUUCGGUGGAGAGCAAAAGCGAAGAUCGGGGCACUCCGACGGAAACAGAUUCACGACAGCGGCGUCGCCACUCCAAAGCCCGUCGAAAACGUCGAGAUGAACGUAAUCCAACGCCGAAACAAUCAAUCUACCUGA